AUGGCAAACUUGGCUAAUACCAUGGAGGUGAAUGCUGCUACGACUUUGCAAGCUAUAAAGAGGUUGGGUCAAACAGUGGGAAACAGAAUCGGUAAUGGAAACAGAACGAACAUGGAGACGGAGACGGUUCAUCCACCAACUUUUAGAGAAUCGACUAACCCUACGGAAGUAGAAAAUUGGUUCCAAGCUAUGGAGUGUGCGUUACAAGCUCAGCAUGUCCCAGCUAACCAAUACGUGGAGUUUAUGGCCUAUCAACUGUUAGGAGAGGCGAAACAUGGGUGGCAAGGAGAGUGCCAAUUGCUGCGACUUUCGAAUGCAGAGAUUCCUUGGGACGUAUUUCAAACCUCAUUUUAUAGGAAGUAUUUCCCAGAUUCAGGUGCCCCAGAGUCUUAUGAGAGUUGGAAGUGCAUUAUGUAUCCAGGAAACUUGAGGGAUGCUAUUAUGAAUGAUGUGGCUCCUUUGGAGAUUCGGAUCUUUUCUGAGCUUGUGAUCAAGGCAAGGGCUGUGAAGGAGUGUGCGAAGAAAGUGGCAGUAGCAAGAGAUACUCGUGGGGAAAAUAACAACUGUAGGCGUGAAAAGUACUUUCAACCACGAGCUCAGAACUUCAAUAGGGGAGGACAUAUACCUCAAGGUCAAGGCAACUUUAGGAGACCUAAUUUUGAUCCGUAUCAUCCGGAGAGAGGAAGAGGUGAUUGCCUUAAUUGCGGAUUGCCUGGUCACAUGGUGAGGGAUUGUAUACGUGGAAGGAACCCGAAUGCGGGUAGGAAUCAACACCAAGGAAGAGUGUUCGCUGUGAACACCAGUGAUGCUGCUAAGGCGGAUCCUUUGAUAAGAGGUUGGUGUAUAAUUGGUUAUAAAGCUUUAACUCCAUUGUGUGAUAUUGGAAUACCGUAUUACACCUAG